AUGAUGUUAGGGAACACCACGAAGCAACCGUCUCCAUCAUCUCGCUCCAGAGUCAAGAUCCCUUCGAAGAUGCCUUUGAUACCCACUUCUACGGAUGCCUGCAACGGCUAUUUCAGACCGGGCACUAUCGACCUGUCCAGGACUGAGAACUUUCUGCUGCGGGAAGAGCUCGCGGAAAUCUGCAAGAGCGUUAAGACGCAGGAUAUCGUUUCUCAGCACCCCUUUUCUUCGUCCGACGACGCUGGCGAUCCACGGUUGUUGGAGAGCCUGGCAAGACUCUUCAACAAUUACUUCAACCCUUGUAUUCCAGUUAGCCGUUCACAUAUAGCUACCGCUCCGGGUGCAGCUGGCUGCCUCGAUGCACUUCUGUAUAAUAUUAGUAGCCCUGGCGACGGGGUGCUCAUCCCCGGCCCACACUGGGGUGACUCUGAUCUCGAUAUGAACUUUUCUCACACCGGCGUGAAGCCGGUUACCGUCAACACGAACAUGUGUGGAACAUCUCAUCAUUUUCUCAAGGCGUUGAACGAAGCAAUCGACAAUGCCCCCUGCCGGAUCAAGGCGCUGGUCAUAAGGAACAUGAGCAGUUCCUUUGGCGAAUGCUACCCGCAAGAGUUCCUGGAAGUUGCCCUUAAAUUCUGCCAGCACAGGCGCAUCCAUUUCAUCUCGGACGAAGUAUAUGCCCUGACAGCGUUUUCUUGUGCUGAAAUCUCCGAUCCUGUCCCCUUUGUCUCGGCGCUGGCUCUGGACUCCCGUGCGGUGGGGUGCGAUCUGUCGAGAAUACACACUAUAUGGAGCAUUAGCACGGAUUUUGGCGCGACUGGCUUUAAAGUGGGCUGUACCGUGUCACAGGGCAACAAAGAGCUUGUUCGCGGGCUUUCUAAUGCCCCAAAUGCAAAAAUCACUCCUGUCUCACACGCCUUUGCAACUUCUCUCCUUUCAAGUCCCAGACUGCCCAUCUUGAUUGCUCUUAACUCUGCUGGUCUCGCUGAGUGCUACAUGCUCAUCACCUCCUUCUUUGUACGGCAUGGCAUCAAGUAUAUCCCCGUGAACGCAGGCUUGAGCAUCUUCGCGCGUUUGGCUCCCAAUGCCAGAUCGCGGGACGACGAGGCGGAGAUGGUACAGGUUUUGAAGAACGCGGGAGUCAUGGUCAGUAAUGCCGGAGGAAGCUUUCACAAGACGUUCAAGGAGAAGGGGUGGGCACGAAUAUCUUUCUCUGUGGAACCGAAUCAGUUGCAUGAAGCAUUAGGGCGCAUCGAGCUUGCCUUGGGACUGGGAUUGAGAUAG